AUGUCGUUUUUAACUAAACUUGAGCCCAAGUACGCGCUCCCUCAUCAAUCACAUCGCCCCGUCCACCUCGUCUCCGACGACGAGCUCGGAGACUUCUCAGACGUCAACAUCUUCGACGACAUCGUCCUCGUCGUCGACAUCGACGACGACCUCGAGCUCUUCUACUUCCAGCUCCUCCACUACCUCGCAGACCUCCACGUCGACGUCGACGUCGACGUCGACCUCUUCCUCGACUUCCAUACUACAAGUCAAACGACUUCACCGACAACUUCGACCACUAAUACAGCUACAACCACAACGUCUUCUCCCACGACGACGUCCUAUUCGUCAUCUUCGCUCACUACCUACACAUCGCAAUCGACCUCCGAUGGGCAGAUCGUGACCUAUACCUCGACCGUUGCUGUGUAUCCCACAACGAGUGCUAACAGUGAUGCAAGCACCGGAUCUUCGUUCUGGAACAACAAGGGCGAUGUUGCUGGUGUUUUCACUGUCGUCGGUGUGGUCGCUCUAGUUGUUCUCAUAGCCAUUAUUACUGGGGCUGUUCGUAGGCGUCGCGCUAGGAAGUUCGAUCGGGACGCUGCUGAAGCCGCCGCAGAGGCUGCUGCCAACACUCACGCCCCGGACUUUACCGAUGAUGACUAUGGCUAUCGUGACGAUCGUAACCAGGACUUCGCAGAACGUGGUGGCUACUCCGAUACCGCUAGUCAUGGUACAUUCAGUCAACCUCCUAUGCAGCCAGGUGAAAGCUACAACAUGAGCGAGCUCCCGCCAUUUGAUCCAUACUUCUCUGCUGGUGCAGCAGGUGAUCCUUACUCUGCAGCAGGUGCGGCGGGUAUAGGUGCGGGUGUGAAUCGUGCGCGAAGCUUAGGUCAUACGAAUACCUUCAACCCGUAUACUGCUCCAACGCCGGUUUCCGUGCCAAACGCCUACCAGGAUGGAUCCCCUCCUCUUGGGGCGUACGGUGCGCCUCAGAAUCAAUACGGUGCCGCGAUGGCAUCUUCAGGCGUCAACAGCAAUAGCGACCUCCUCGCUGCGGCGGGGAUUGCGGGUGGGGCGGGCGGGGCUGCCGCUGGACUCGCGCGCGGACCUUCUCCAAUCGCGUCUUCAGGACCCCAAGAUACCCUCGCACGGAACAGGAGCUUGGGUGCGAACACGCUCAUGAGCUCUGGAUCUGAAUAUAGCACAUCCGCUGCCACUCACCAGCAGUAUGGCGCAUAUCCCUCUGCUACCCAGGGGCAGCCUGGCGCCCGACCCGUCUCCUUUGGCGACCCUACGUCGAAUUCAACAGAGAGUCUACCAAAUCCGUUCGGCUCAGCGGCACAACCUGGGGAGACUAGUCUUCUCGGAGCUACCUUCAGCUCGCCGGAAAAUUCUGCGGACGAGCAUGGGGCUGAGCUUGGUGGCGGAGCACCUCACAGCCCAGAGGAGAAUCGUAUGAGUCUGCGCGACGAGGACGAUUAUGGGUUCAAUGGCGGCCGCAGAGUGCUGAAGGUUGCCAAUGAGUGA